UAUUGAAUUACUUUGAUCCAGAAAAAAAAGGCUAUGCUGAUUUUAGAGAAUUUAGUUAAAAGUUAAAAAACGGAAUGAUAAAUAAUGAUAAUAUGGGAAGACAAUUAGUAAUUCCUUUAACAAACCCUUUUAAAGAAUAAACUGAAGAUAUUAAAAAAAUGUUACCUGAAUUAUAACCUAAAGUCGAUUCUUUAAGGAAAAGUUAUUAUCCUUCUGAACGUAAAAUAUAUUUUUUAAUAUAAUAAAUAUAAAAAUAAAAUAGACUUAGGUACUUAUACAAGAUUUAGUUCUACUCCUGCUUUUAAAAAUACAUUUUAGAAUUUUUAAGCUUAAUAAAAUAGUGCUAUGUUUUAAACUUCUAUUGAUAGAUUUAAUUUUAGAGAUAAUCAUAGGAUAUAAUUUCAAAUAGAUGAAAAAAAUCUCAAAAAAUAAUAUUAAUAAGGUAGAAUUAAUAGAAAAUGUUAGAAUUAAACAAGUAUAGCAAAUAAAGUUUAAAAAUAAAUUGAAAUUGAAGAUUUUAAAAGCGAAUAAAAAAUAAAAGCUAAAGGAUUACGUUAAUGGACUUAUGAGCAUAGGGCACAUUUGUAAAAUAAUUGGAAUUGA